AUGGAUACCACAACAUCUGAGAACACCAGCAACACCAUGGUUGCACCAAGAUGCUUCUCUCUUCUUGCUUUUCCUCUAAUCUUAAGUCUUGCCAUCUCACUCUUUUCCAAUGGAACAUUUGCUGAAUCAGAAGCUGAGGCUCUUCUUCAAUGGAGAUAUACUAUUUCCAAUCGAUCGCUCAAUUCUUGGUCACUUGCUGAUGUUAGCAGCACAAGCCCAUGCAACCGGACAGGAAUUACUUGCAACAAUUUUGGAAGAACCAUCGGGUUAAGCUUACCAAAUCUCAGCUUGCACGGUACGCUAAAUAACUUCAGCUUCUCCUCCUUUCCGAGUCUCGCCCACCUUAAUCUAAGCUUUAAUGAACUCUAUGGGUCAAUACCACCCGGCCUUGGUGCACUUACAAAUCUAAGUACACUUGACCUCUCCUCCAAUAUGUUCGGUGGUGCCUUACCACUUUCACUUGCAAGUUUGAAAAGCAUGGUCUCUCUUAAUUUAGCUGCAAAUGAUCUCACUGGUCAUAUACCCCCAUCACUGGGUAACUUAACAAGCCUAUCAUAUUUAUCACUCUCCGAUAACCAUUUUUAUGGUUCAAUCCCAUCUUCCUUGGGAAACUUGGCUAGGCUGCUCCAUUUAGACCUCUCUAUGAAUCAGAUCUAUGGUCCAAUCCCACCAGAAAUAUGGAGUUUGAGAAAUCUCAGUGCACAUACACUUUUCAUGAACCACCUGACUGGUUCGCUCCCUCCAGCUACUGGUAACUUGAGCAGUCUGACAGUGCUCUUUACAUGUGAAAACAGUCUAUCAGGCUCUCUGCCACAAGAACUGGCCAAUUUAACAAAUUUGGUUGCACCAUAUGUGAGUCCGAAUCGAUUCUCUGGCCCCUUACCAGAGGGAUUAUGUUAUGGCAGUCCCCUGAAGUUCUUUACAGCAGAUAACAACCAAUUCAUAGGCACCAUCCCAAAAAGCCUUACGAACUGCACUAGUUUAACGAGGCUAAGGCUUCACAAUAAUAAGUUCACAGGCAACAUCUCUGAAGCAUUUGGACUGUAUCCAAAUCUACGAUAUAUCGAACUCAGUUCCAACAAUUUCUAUGGUGAAAUCUCUAGGAACUGGCAAUAUUUACAAGAGUUAACAAUAAUAAAAAUGUCUAAGAAUAGGAUUUCUGGAACCAUUCGAUCUGAGCUUGGGGGACUGACUCAACUAGGGGUGCUUGACCUUUCUCUGAACCAGCUAUCAGGGGAUAUUCCAAAAGAGAUAGGUAAACUGGGCCAGUUAUACAACUUGAGCUUAAGUGGUAACAAUUUGUCAGGGAGGAUACCAGUUGAGAUUGGAGAGUUGUCCAAUCUACAAGUUCUUGACUUAUCGGUUAACAAUUUGACUGGAAAUAUACCAACACAAUUGGGCAACUGCAUCAAAUUGCAAUACUUAAAAUUAAGCAACAACGAAUUGAGCGGAAGCAUUCCAAAUCAGAUGGGGAGGAUGUUCAGCUUGUACACCAUUGAUCUAUCCUACAAUUCUUUAGAAUGUCCCCUCCCAAACGGCAGAGUCUUCGAGCAAGCUUCAAUAGAUGCAUUUAUGAAUAACAAAGAUCUAUGUGGUAAAAUGAAAGUAUCAGUUGGAGGGUUUGGUUUUUCAAAAUGGAGAUUGAAGAGGUUCAACAUCAUAAAUAGCCAAGUGAGCAGCGAAGAUCGGCUUUUAGAAUGUAAUUAUGAUGGGAGAAUUGUCUACAAAGACAUCAUCGACGCGAGUGAGAAUUUUGAUGAUAAAUAUUGUAUUGCAGUUGCAGGAUAUGGGACUGUUUACAAGGCACAAUUGCAAAAUGGACAAGUUCUAGCUGUGAAAAAAUUUCACCGAUCAGAAGAUGGAAGUUAUUUUGAUCAAGAAUUUAAAAAUGAGAUACAGACCGUGACGAAUUAUUUGACACCGGAACAUUGUUAA